AUGGCCGAGGCCGUAGGACUUGUCGUGAGUAUUAUCGCCAUCGUCGAACUCUCCGCCAAAAUCGGGAAACUCUGCGUCCAGUACUCGACCGAGGCAGGAAAUGCGAGGGCUGACAUUAGCCGACUCGAGAACAGGCUGAAGGACCUGAAUGUAUGCCUCGAAGCGGCCCAGCGACUCCUCGGCGAUCCGAAAAAUACGGCGCUUGCGACAUCGCGAUCGCUAGUUGAUUCAUUAAAUGCCUGCAAAAGAGAGCUAUCAGAGGUGCAGGACAAGCUCGACCCUGGGAGCGCGCGGAAGGCCAUGCGUCGAUUUGGUCUCCGCGCGCUCAAAUGGCCGUUCGAUAGCAAGGAAAUCGGUACAGUUAUAUCAAAUCUUGAGCACUACAAGCAGACAGUCACGUUAUGCCUACAAGUUGACCAAACGACAAUUCUGCUCGACAUGUCGCAAAGGGUGGAGGGUUUAUCGCUACAAGAACAGAGCACGACGUCAGUAGCACGCCCACCAUGUUUCAAUAUCCCAUUUGAUCGAGAUCAAGACUUCGUCGCACGUCCUGAUAUGACGGCGUGGCUCAGAGACAAGUACAGCAGUUCUACAGGUCGCAUGGCUCUUGUAGGCAUGGGAGGGUUUGGGAAAUCGCAGGUUGCCAUCAACCUUGCCUAUUCUAUUCACGACGAGGAUCCCAACGUCAAUGUAUUCUGGGUCCAUGCAAGUUCAAAACCGAGAUUAGAAGAAGCCUACCGCGCGAUAGCACAGAGGAUGAAAUUACCCAAGCGUGACGAGCCAACCACGGACAUCCUUGCUCUUGUUCGCGACUGGUUACAGAACGAUGAAUCUGGUUCUUGGCUGAUGAUUGUCGAUAAUGCCGACGACGUCAACCUCUUCUACCCCAAAGGCACCGAUGAGCGCCCCCUAGCGUCUUUCUUACCCAAGGCUCAGCAUGGCACCAUCCUCGUCACCUCUCGCAGUCUUGAUGUUGCGGAGAGGCUGACAGGUAGUCGGAAGAACAUUUUCCAGGUGUCUACCAUGGACGAGGCUCAAGGCCUGCAUCUUAUCAGAAACAAGCUUGCCGUUGAAUUUGAGCAUGAUGCUACUGUUAAGCUCCUUCAGGCUUUGGAUUACAUUCCUCUCGCAAUCACGCAAGCUGCAGCCUACAUCAACCGUCGUUCACCCCGCGAAUCUGUUGAAACCUACUUGAAAUCAUUCCAAGAGAGUGAUCAGAAGAGGAAAAGCCUUCUAGAGGUCGACCUUGGUGAUCUCCGUAGAGACGAGACCGUUUCGAAUUCGGUGAUCACAACAUGGCAAGUUACAUUCGAGAAGAUCCGUCACGAAAAGCCGUCUGCAGCCAAUCUCUUGUCAUUCAUGAGUCUUUUUGAUCACAAAGGCAUUCCAGAGUUCGCACUUCACUACUACAACGGGAAGCUUAAGCAUUGGAAAGACAAAGCGUUCGGGUUCGAAGACGAUCUUGACGUGCUUCGCAGCUAUUCUCUCGUUUAUGUGACUACCAAUCGAGACUUUUUCGAAUUGCACGCUACGGUACAGGCCUGCACCAGAGUUUGGACAUCAUCUUCGGGUAAACUGCUACGAUUGAAGAGUCUGUUCAUAUACUCAAUGGGUCACAUUUUCGAUCCCUUCAAGUUUGAGAACUGGCCUACUUGCCAGGUGCUGCUGCCACACUUAGAGUCUGUGAUACAGGAGGAGCUACUAACGGAAGAUGUUGAACCGUGGGCAGAGUUACUGUAUCGGUAUUCAGAAUAUAUGCUUGAAACUGGUAAGCACAAAGCAGCAGAAGAGGUUGGCAAAAAAGUAAUCGCGAGAGGUUUGCCAAGUCUUGGGGAAGGGCAUAUGAUGAUGUAUAAGUGUUUGAGUAUGUUAGCUACGGCCUAUAUGAGGCAAAAGAAUUUGGACGAAGGUGCAAAGAUUCGACUUCAGCUGGUCAACAACAGCGAGAGGUUCUGGGGAGAGGAGCACGAGUUGGCCAUCAGCAGAUACUGGAAAGGUCAAAAGGGAUCGGGAGAGACAGACAUCCAGACGUUCUCAUAG